GGACAAUAUUAAACAUUUUAAUACAAGAAUAAGCUGCUAUCAUAUAAAAAAGACCUAUAAAAGUAUGAUUGGCUUAUUUUCAUUGAUAUCAACUGGGAUAUCUACUAUAUACCCGAUUUUUGCUUCAUUUAGAUCUUUUGAAAAUUAUCAAAAGUCUGCCAGUGCUGUUUCUUCUGGAAAUCUUAACAUUGGAGGAAUUCAAGUUCCAAUUGUAUCUCUUUUGAGAAGAGCUACAACCACUUCAACCGAUCCAAGUGACCCAUUAUUUCAUCAAGAGGAACUCCUUCAAUCACGUCUUCUUCUGACACAAAAGUGGUUGGUGUAUUGGAUUGUUUAUGCUGCAUACUCUAUCGUUGAGUCUGUAUUGUUCUUGAAAUAUACUGUACCACUUUAUUCCUUGUGGAAAUGUAUAUUCUUUGCAUGGUUGAUCUACCCAAUCUUCACUUCUCCGGAAGAUAUCUCUACCACAAAUAUAUCAAAAGAUUGGAUGUCAUUUUCUGAACGUGGAUGUGGUCUUUGUUAUUAUCAAUAUCUUAAACCAUGGCUUGAAGGAGAAGUUUCCCUUUUAAAUUCUUAUGAUUUGAAUAAAUUAUCUGGUCAUAUUUCAGAAAAUGUUAAAUUAAUCUUUGGAUUCUUUACAAUGUUUUUAUCAAAGAUUACUAAUUCAAAUUCUGGAGAUACAUCAUCAAAUUUAAGUUCAUUAACUUCAAAGAUAGUUGAAAAUGGAGGUUCAUUUCUUCAUUUAAGUCAAUAUUUUCCACAGGCUGGUCCUAGUGUAAAUCCUAUUGAAACUUCUGCUACUUCUACUUCCAUUCAUACUUCCACCACUGAAUUGGAAGAUGAAUAUGAUAUGAUUGAUAGACCAAUAGAUGAUACUCUUAAAUCUAGAAAUAAGCCAGAAGUACAUGAGAAUAUGCACAAGAAGGGAUGGAUUUGGUAAUACUAAUGAGAAUAUGAAGAAGAAUAUGUGUCUCCUUUUUAUAUUUCAUUUCUUUCGUAU